UUUCUCCGCUGCCACCGCCCCCGCCCGCGGCCCGGCCGCGCUUCCGCCCGCGUCAGCUGACUGACUGCCUGACGGACGGACCCAUCGCCCUGAGGAAGAGGCGGCUACCGGCCCGACCCGGUCCGGUUCCAUCCCGUUGAAGCCCCGCAGCCAUGGCAGGGGUGGUGGUGAGCGGAAACCAAGUAUCCUACAUUAGUCAAGACUGUGAAGAAAUCCCAGAAUUUCUAGGAAGAACAUAUGGACAUAUGGCAAAAAGGCUUGAUCUUAGCUUCAACUUGUUAAGGUCACUGGAAGGACUGAAAACAUUCAGUUACUUGGAAGAGCUGAUCUUGGACAACAAUCGACUGGGAAAUGACCUUCUCUUACCCAGGUUACCCCACCUCCACACCUUAACUCUCAACAAGAACCAAAUAACAGAACUGGAAAGCCUUUUGGACCAUUUGGCUGAAGUUGUGCCCUCUCUACAGUACCUCAGUUUGCUUGGAAACAUGGCCUGCCCAAAUGAACUGGUCUGCCAGGAAAAGGAUGAAGAUGACUACCAGAGGUACAGAUAUUUUGUCCUGCACAAACUGACAAACCUGAAGUUUCUUGAUACUCGGAAAGUGACCAGAAGGGAGAGAGAGGAAGCCUUGGUGAGAGGUGCCUUCAUGAAGGUGGUCAAGCCCAAGGAUGCUAAGGCUUCCAGUGAUGCUGCCUCCACCUCUCCACAGAAUCACUACACACCUCUGCCUUCUGGAUCCAGAGACCUCACCAAUCACAGAGGCGUUUUGGGAAGGUGUCGCUACAUUUACUACGGGAAACAUUCAGAGGGCAACAGAUUCAUCCGAGAUGACCAACUCUAAACCCCUGCAUUGGUUCCUGCCUCUUCUCUGCCUCCCCACAAAAAUCCCAAAUUGCAUCUAAAUUUUAAGCGUGUAACUAAAGUCCUUUAGUGCCUUCUGCUGACUUUGCCAAGCCUGUCAAGAUCAUCCUUCUAUCUUAGUCUGAGUAGUCACAUAGAGACUGACAUGAUUGCCUUUAAGCAGGUCCCAUCCACCAGUGUGACAGACAGCUGCAGCCAAGCACCCAGCCUGACAGGAGGAGCUCAGUGAUGGAUUGCCUGGUCCAAUUGCAGCUUGCAGAAGAACAGGGGUCACACCUGGGGCUUCAGUGAGCAUGCUCCAUCCACCAGCACCUUAGCAAAAGCACUGCCUUUAUCUCCAGCUUGCCUGUUGAGCCGAAGUGACUGGUGAUAUCAGAGUGUUUACAAAAGAGAGAAGCUAUAAUUUCAGAUGAAAAAGCCCUUAUCUCUUCUUAUGUUUUUCCCCUGGGAAUUAAGUGCUUGUGUUUCUAUAAUCUCCCACAUGCUUACACAAAUCCUUUCACGGUGGUUUUCUGGGUUUGGCUUUUUUUUUUUUUGUUUUCUGCUCGGUGUGUCCUGUCACCCCCCACCCCUAAAUGAGCCUAAAUGGGUUAUUUGUUUCUUUCAAGAGGGGGAAAAAAUAUAUCCUGAAAAUAUUUCAGCCAUGCAAAGUAAUAUCAAUUUGUAUGUUUGUGUAUAUGCAAAAGAAAAGCAUUUAAGCAGUUUUGCAGGGAAACAGAGUUGUGUUAAUUUCUAAAUUACCUCUCCACAGU